AUGGCAAGAGUUUUGGGGGAGCAAGUGAAUGGUGGAAAGCCAACAUGGCCUUAUGUUAUCCAUGGUCACUAUGCUGAUGCUGGGGAGGUAGCAGCACACUUAUCUGGUGCAUUGAAUGUGCCUAUGGUGCUCACCGGUCACUCGUUAGGCCGGAACAAGUUUGAGCAGUUGCUGAAGCAAGGGAGGCUCUCUAGGGAGGCCAUAAAUGAAACCUACAAGAUCAUGAGGAGGAUUGAGGCUGAGGAGUUCAGUGUGGAUGCUGCUGAAAUGGUUGUCACUAGCACAAGGCAAGAGAUUGAAGAGCAAUGGGGACUGUAUGAUGGGUAA